AUGAAGGUCUUUCGCCUGCGCCUGGUCAAAUUGUUGCUGCUCGGCUUUAUUCUGGCGAAUCUGAUAUUCUUCUACUAUACAUGGAACACGCUGCUCUGGCGACGCAUAAGCCGAGCCCUUUCCGGGACAGACGGCGAACCAAAACCAAAAGUGGACGCAGCUCACGGAACAAAGCUUUCGCCAAAGGAUAAAGCACGCAAUGCCAACAAGCACAUACGCAAGUCCAUAACAAUCGUGUUCUACGGACACUACAACUUUGAGCAGGAUCUGCGGCCCAGCAUAGAAAGAGUGCAGAAGCAUGCCAUAUUGAUAGAUGUUGCGGUUCUCGGAUCUAUGCCAGAGCCCUUUACGUUGCCCUUCCCGGAGAUGCUCUACAUGCAGGCGAAGAUUGCGAACCUGUCGACGAGUGUCUUCCCUCAAUCCUUUCUAGAAGGACGUCGCCUGUUCGCCUCGUUCCACACGAAGCAGCGUCGCAUGGAGCUGCGUCGUCGACAGUUUCGAGAGAUGUAUAAGAAGCUGCAGAUCAAGCGGUUGGUGCGCAGAACUCACAGGAUCGGUGGUAGAUCCUCUGCCAGGGAGGGCAACUGGCAACCCCACAGUCCCGUUUUCGAUGCCCAAUUCUCCUCCUCAAAUUUCUCCCUGCCGCUGGUGACGGACAUCGAUCUCUUUGGCUGCGAAAGAACAACGAAAUCUUGCAUUGGCACCGUCUACAACAAUCGACCAUUUUACUACUAUCUGGGGAAGCACACUCCUCCCUGCUGCCUCGACAAACUGAGGACCACCUUUAACCAUGUGCUCGACGAGUUCGAGAACGUGGGCAUUCGUUAUUGGUUGGACAACUACGCCCUCAAAAGUGCCAUCGAAACGAAUCAACUCUCCCCGGAUGCCUACGACAUAGACAUCAGUUUCAAUGUCCAGGAUUUGGAACGCUCGAAUGCCAUGAAGAAAUCGCAGAGUAAACCGACUGUAGAUCAUGAGGGAUUCUACUGGAUAAAGGCAACAGAUGGUCACUACUUUCGGGUGCAGUUCUCCAAGGUUAACCAAGUGGGAGUCAACCUGUUACCCUAUGAGAUUACCGGAAACGAAGUCCAUGCCAGCGGGUUUUUUGGCUGGAAGGCAGGCACCUUCUCCUCCGAUUACUUGCACCCAAUGUCGACGGUGCUGUUCCUGGGGAGGAGCAUCAUGUGUCCCAACAAUGUGUUGGAGUACCUCGAGGCGAAACACAUAAAAGUCAAAUCCGAAGAGAUUGCCAUUGAUGAGGACGAAGAUUAGAUACAAUUUAAGAUAUCAGUUUAGCAUAAUUUAAGUUGCAAUCUUAGCAUAAGUUGGGUAACAAUAUUGGGCCAUUAAGUAAAAGAUAAAUUAUAUAUAUUUCCCUACAUUUCCUGUGUGUACUAUAUAGAAUCGUUGUUUCUACUUUUACUACUUGUUAAUAAAACUGCAGAUUUAAGUUUAGCAUAA